AUGGCAUCGCGAGUGCGGGGCUCUGCGUCCUCAUCUGCGCGCCUCCUUCUCCGCCCUACUGCCGUCCCAACUCGCUUGCGCCUUCAGACACCAUGGCGCAGACUAGCAAGCAAUAACUCGCGGAAGUCUGGUACCUCUCCCAACUGGAUUGUCAACUCCCUUGGGGUGGCAGUCGCUGGUACUGCGGCAUACCUUGGCUACUCCUACGUGAAUGGCGACUUUAAGGGCGCGUGGAUCGAGAGUCAAACCGCACCAGAGAAGCAGGUCAUCAAUGUCAACGACCUCCGGGCCGAGUUUAUCCAGGAAAAACGAAGCUUAAAGAGCCCGGCUGUUUACACCUGGGGCUCAAAUAUCUACAAGGUUGUGGAUCCAGGAUCGAAGGACACCGAUAUCAAGACUCCUCGGCGUUUCAAAUACUUCAACGGCCAGGUUCUGCGGGAUUUCAAAGUGGACGAAAAGUGCGGUGCUGCGAUCACCGAAGAUGGCGAUCUCAUCCAGUGGGGCAAAGGAUUCUCGGAGACAGAGUACAAACCAAGCAAGACUCUGACUGGGAAGAAUCUGAAAUCGCUCGCUCUUUCGGAAAACCGCAUCAUCGCGCUAUCCUCAGACGGUAGCGUCUACUCUCUUCCCAUCUCAAAGGAUGAGCAGAAAACUGGUCCCAAGCCGCGGGAGAGCUCUUGGGUGCCCUUCUGGGGUAGCCAGUCUGGACUGAGCUAUCGUAUCCUGAACCCAGCUUUGGGACUUGGUGAAAGGGUUACCUCCAUUUCGGCCGGCCAGGAGCAUGUUGUGCUUCUGACCAGCUCUGGCCGUGUCUUUACGGCUGCCGCAUCCACCGAGCACUAUCCAUCACUUGGCCAGCUCGGUGUACCCGGAUUGACUUGGUCUACCCGUCCUAAAGGUCCCGUCGAUAUAUGCCAUGAAGUAACGACAUCCAUCGGCUCUAAAGUCACUCAGAUUAGCACAGGUGACUAUCACUCGCUUGCGUUGACCAAGGACGGCCGCGUGUUUGCAUGGGGUGAUAACUCCUUUGGUCAAUUGGGUGUGGACUAUGAGCCCGAACUGCCCUACAAAGACACACCCUUAGCCCUUCCUUUGCAAAAGCUCUAUCGUCGAGGUUUGUACACAGUACAAGCCACCAAAAUCGCAGCUGGUGGUGCGGGGAGCUUCUUCAUGGUUGAUGCAAAACGAACUCUGGGCCCCGAUGAGGAACCCAAGGCUGUUCGUGACUUGGGCAAUGUGACUGCCGAUACUUGGUCUUGCGGUAGGGGUAUCUGGGGCACAUUGGGCACGGGCAGGUGGGUUCACUUACAGGAUUCGCCUAUCAAGGUGAAGGACUUGAGUGGACUGGCCGAGUAUGAUGAAACUAAGAACAAAACAUCGCCAAUCCGCAUUCGCAAUAUGUCAGUCGGCACAACCCACGUUGCUGCAGUGAUGGACAACAAAACUACUGUCAGUUCGAAACCUACAGAUUCUCUGGAUAAGUCACGCGACUUUGGCCUUGACGUGCUCUUCUGGGGAGGCAACGAGCAUUUCCAGCUGGGCACUGGAAAGCGAACCAAUUUGCCCCGACCAAGCUAUAUCAAGGCGGCCUCCGAGUCUACAAAGAAGGAUGAGCCAGAAGCACGGUUGCAAAUCAUGCCUCAGCACAAGGGCAAGGUUGGCAAGCGCUCGGUGAAGAUGGAGCAGCGAGUCGAAUGCGGACGCCAUGUUUCUGCGAUCUACUCGUCGACAGUCUAA